UUGUCCUUCAAAACAUUUGUUUUCAUUUAAAACCCUUUGAAAUCUUAUAGACUCUAAACAAACAAAAUGUAUCAGCCGUCAUUGAAUGAGCAGACCCCGGAGGUCCUGAAGGCCACCGGUAAGGUGGGAGCUCCCACGGACGCCAACUGCCUGAACCAACUGGGCCAUGUCCACCGCCUACGGGACUCGGAGAUGAACUACCACGAGCACCAGUUCGCGCUCAACAUGGAGCUAAUACGCAACCGCGAGGGACUGUGCGUCCCCCUGAAGAUGGGCAUGGAUCGCUUCGCAGCUAGGCAGGUGGGUCGCAUGCCCUUCCUUCCCUCCUGUAACUUGAUGGACGACGUCCUGACUGGACGCAGUGAGGACAUUGGUUUCGAGGAUUUUAUGAAUGUUCCUGAAAACAGGGAAAAAAUGCGCCGCCCGCACGCCGAGGUGGAGAAAUCAUUCGGCAUUAAAUUUUAAAUUUACUUUCUCAAGAAUUAUUGUUUCAACAAACCAACAAUAAAAUUUACUAUUCGUGGCUCUAAA